GAACGCUGCUGCAGCCAACUUCACGUUGCUUUGGUCUUUUCGCUUUCCUCGUCGUCAAAAUGGCAAAUCGCGGUGGACGUCAUGCUCGUAAUGAGGAGUCGGACAAUACCAUAAACUAUGUCCAAUGUGACGGUCUGGCCGUCAUGAAAAUGGUGAAGCACUGCCAUGAGGAAUCCAGCAACAUGGACCUCGCCCAGGGCGCCCUUCUCGGCCUGGUGGUGGACAAAUGUCUGGAGAUCACCAACUGCUUCCCGUUCCCCAAGAGCGGCGACGAAACUAUGGACGAGGAAAUGUACCAGCUGACUGUGAUGCGUCGCCUUCGUCGCGUCAACGUGGAUCACCUGCACGUCGGUUGGUAUCAGAGCUCUGAUGUUGGCAACAGCCUGUCGCUGGCUCUCCUGGAAUCGCAGUACCACUACCAGACCAGCAUUGAGGAGUCCGUCGUUGUGGUGUACGAUACCCAAAAGUCAUCCCGUGGAUUCCUGUGCCUGAAGGCCUACCGCCUUACCCCGCAGGCGAUCCAAAUGUACAAGGAUGGUGACUUUACGCCCGAGGCAUUCCGCACUUUGAAGGUGGGCUACGAGAGUUUGUUCGCCGAGAUCCCAAUUGUGAUCAAAAACUCGCCGUUGACCAACAUCAUGAUGAGCGAGUUGAACGAGCUUUUGCCAGAGGACAAGGGACACAACUUCCUGGAUCUUGGUACCGCUUCCGUGCUGGAGAACCACAUGCGCAGCCUUAUUGAGCGAGUGGAUGAGCUUUAUCAAGAGGCUGUCCGCUACAACAAGUACCAGCAGGUCGUCUUCAAACAGGACACGGAGAAACACCGUGCCCUGGCUAAGUUGGCAGCUGAGAAUGCCGUGCGUACCUCGAAGGGUGAACCCACUGUUCCUGAGGAAGAAGUCAUCAAACAGUUCCGCCCCAUGCCCGUGCCUGCCCGGCUCACGGCUACAAUUACCUCCGGUCAGAUCAACACCCACGCCCAGCACAUUGCCCAGUUCUGUUCGCAGUCGCUGGCCAAACUCUUCAUUACCGAAUCGCUGCAGAACGCCAAGGAGGCCAAGGAAACCAAGUAGACUAUUUUAUGUUAUACGUUUUUUUCGAGACCGAAGCAACAUUCAUAAUUCAAACAGCGAAUAUUGUGCACACUGAUGACGAAAAUAAAACUACACUCCAUUAGGUGUGCUUGGAAGCGAAA